AUGUCUGAUUUAUCUGCGAUUCGAUCGCGACGACGACACAGGGGAACUGAGGCAGCCGGUGAAGGCUACCACGCUCCCUCCAACACUACUAUCGAUUUUGAGCCUUCUCCUGAAGAGCAAAAGCAGCACGGUUUUCAGAGCCAUCUCUACAACCCUAUCAACAAAGUUUUUGGAACCUCCACAACCCAGUUGUGGACUUCGGCCCAGGAGGCGUUUUCGGGCUUUCAACCGUCGCAGUACAUCCCUACGUCGGCGAGCUUCACGCAAUUACCCGUUGUCGAAGACGAACCCGCCGAAUUACGAGAGGUUGAAUUUCUGUUUUUCGGAAAAGAAGAAAAGGUUCCUCUCAACAUGCCAUCCAGGGAUCGCACGCGCGAGUUUCAAGCGGCCUCGGAAUCCUUUCAGUUAAAAGUGCGGGCUAAUGAACUUUCGACGCGGCCGAAUCGCAAUGGGAUGAUUGGUGAAUCGAUACGAUUCAAUGACAUCGCCAAGCGAAUCGGCCAGCAAUUGACGAUGACAUGCGCCAAGAUGGAACGGUUGGCCGAAUUGGCUAAAAAGAAAAGCUUGUUCAUUGAUGGAACUGAAGUUGAGGGACUCUCACGUGAAAUCACUGAUGAUAUCAAAGAUCUCAAUCGGCAAAUUGCUUCUUUACAAGAGUACUCAAGGCGCCGCGGUGGUCAGGCUAACUCACAACAGGAGCAAGGACAUUCCAAUCUUGUUGUCGUCGGCCUCCAAUCGAAACUGGCCAAUGUCUCCAAGGAUUUCCAAACGGUGCUCGAAGUCCGCACUCAGAAUCUGAAAGAUCAAAAAACUCGACGCGAUAAAUUUUCGACCGCGGACAACGUUCCAACCUCACUCCCAACAUCUAGCAAGAACUCUGGGAUGCGAUCCCGCCUGGUCGAAGAUGAUCUAGCCGCCGGCGGAAGCGUUGCUUUGGAUAUGGACCUCCUUGCGAAUCACCAAUCUCAGCAAAUGAUGCAUGCUGAUCAAUCUACCGCUUACGCUCAAUCGAGAUCCGAAACUAUGGCAUUGAUUGAAGGCUCGGUAUCAGAGCUCGGGCAGAUUUUCUCGCAGUUAGCGAGACUGGUUACCGAGCAGGGAGAGAUGAUUGAAAGAAUCGAUUCAAACGUCGAAGAAACGUCAAUCAACAUUGAUGCUGCUCAUUCCGAAAUUGUUCGUUACUUCCAUUCAAUCAGCCAGAAUCGUUGGUUGAUGAUCAAGGUCGAAGGUCUUUGUACAACUUCUGCAGCGAUGCGGGUUACCACGGUGGUUGUGGUGACAUCAUCGUUCCUCCUUUCCGCAGCCACUCUGAUCCAUGCUUUCGUCGUGCACAAGCAGCUCUUUACGGCUGUGCAGUAUAUUGCCCGCAGCAAUGCCUCGAUGGCUGUAUUUUAUCUUCAAGCUGUGGUUUUCCUCUAUCUAUUGUUCCAAAUGCUACGCAAUUUGUUCUUCGGCGAACUGCGUGCUAGCGAAACCGAGCACCUCUCGGAGCGCACAUGGCAUACCGUGAUGGAGACGUGUCUCGCAUUCACUGUCUUCAGGGACGAUUUCAACGCCUAUUUCGUUUUCCAAUUUGGAACCUUACUCUUCAUCAAGGCUUUCCAUUGGUUGUCGGAAGAUCGUGUGGAUAUGAUGGAACGAAGCCCUGUUAUUACGAUCAAGUUUCACAUGCGUAUGAUGGGGCUGAUUAUGGUACUUGCUGCUAUUGAUUCCUAUAUGGUAUCGCACGCUUACUUCAGCGUGGCUCUACGAGGACCAACAGCUCAAGUCGUUUUUGGGUUUGAGUAUGCACUCCUGUUGCUAACUGUCUUCCACGUGACGAUCAAAUAUGUGCUGCAUAUGCACGAUCUCCGCUCAACGGAUCAAUGGGAGAACAAGACGGUCUACAUGCUCUACUCAGAACUUUUCAUCAGUACAUUGCGUUGCGGAUUGUAUUUCCUUUUCGCGGCCGUGAUGAUGCGAACGAACACGUUUCCUUUGUUCUCUGUCCGACCGUUCUAUUUGUCUCUACGCGACUUCAAGAAGGCGUUCUCAGAUGUUCUGUUCUCGCGGCGGGCUAUUAAUGCGAUGAAUAACCGCUUCCCGGUUGUCACGGCGGAAGAGCUGGCUCAUCUGGACACCACCUGCAUCAUCUGUCGCGAAGAGAUGACGGCGGCUUCACAACCCAAACGCCUCCCUUGCAACCACGUUUUCCAUGCGACGUGUCUCCGCAAUUGGUUCCAGCGUCAACAGACCUGCCCGACAUGCCGAACCAAUAUUUUGGCUCCGACGGCUCCAAGGCCUGGCGCUCAGAACAACAACAACAAUAAUAAUAACAACAACAACAACAAUGUGCCGGCACCCAACAACAACCCUGCCGAAAACGCGGGCCGCUUGUUCCAGUUUCAGUUCCCGGCCAAUGGUUUUCCCUUCAUGGCCCAUCAACUUGGGCAGCAACCGCAAAUGCCCCCGCCACCGGCCAACAACGCUCAGCCCGGGCCUUCUGCAGCUGCUAGCCCGAAUGCGAUGCCCCAACCAUCUUCCGGCGAAUUGUUUGUGCCUCCGUUCUUCCUACCGCCUCCUAUGAUGCCGCCCAUGUUCCCACCGUUCAUGCCGAUGAACCCACAAGCGCCAAAUCUUGCCCAGUUGUCAGAUGACGAGUUGCGUGCCAUGGAAGGAAACUCUCGCCGCGCCCUUGAAGCCAGGAUUAAAACAUUGGCCGAUAUCGCUACUUUGAUCGAUGCUGCUGUGCUUCAGAUGCAGCAGUAUACUUUGGUUACCGGUGCCAAUAUCCUCAACCCCGGUCAAAACGCCAAUGUUCCUGCCCAGAGCCCUCCUGUCUCACCACCUGCACAGGAGGACCCUGUCGAAGAAGACGUGAUCUCGGAUGCCCAAAAUGCUUCGAGCUCGCAUAGCACCUUGACAGGCAGCUCGGGCAGUGAUGAGAGCGUGAUCUCGGAGCCCCAAAAUGCUGCAUCCUCACACAGCACCCUGAGCACCGCUAGCACCACUAGCACCAUUAGUACCGGUGACACAACUUCUACUGCUCUACUAGCUUCGGAAACUUACAGCUCCAUUAGCUCCGGGAACACCAUUUCUUCUGGCCAAAAUGCUUCGUCCUCGCACAGCACCCUUAGUGUCGUCGACUCGGCUUCUGACGUCCAAAAUGCCUCCGCUUCACACAGCCCUGUUGGGCCCAAUACGAUCACUGAUGAGGACGAAAUUUCGGCGGCUCAGAAUGCUUCUUCCUCUCACAGCACCCUUAGUCUCGUCGACUCGGCUUCUGCUGGCCAGAAUGCCUCCGCCUCUCACAGCACCAUCUCCGCCGGCAACAUGAGCGCUUGGGGCGAGGCUUCCGACGCUCAGAAUGCUUCGGCUUCCCACAGCACUAUGUCGUCUCGUUCCAUGAGCGACGAGAGCGUGUUGGGCCAGGGUGGCCCUCAUGAUGGUGCCAACACCGUGCCGAAUCCGAUCGAAGAGGUCCGCCAGCGUCGCUUGGCUAGGUUCGCCGACCAGAAG